ACCUUACCCGGCGCGGGGCCACGCCCCUCACGGAAGUCGAUCGAGAAACUGUCGCUCAAGGAAAAAGGGGCGGCAUCCAUCCCUAAAACAAGGAGCCGGUUGGUUUGCCUGAAGCCCUGCCCUCGAGAAAAGUGUCGGCGGGGGCGCGCCGCCUGAGAGGUCGCUAUGGCAACAGGACACGCCCACAACCGCUGGGGUUUGGUUGCGCAGGCGCCGACGGAAGUGAGCCGCAGGAGACGGAAGACCCGCCCUUCUCUCCCUGUACUCCGAAGGGUUGAGCAACGCGCUUGUAGGCGGGAGUGAUCUGCGAGCAAAACCUCCACCAUGAGUCUCCUCAAUAAACCCAAGAGUGAGAUGACCCCAGAGGAGCUGCAGAAGCGGGAGGAGGAGGAAUUCAACACAGGUCCCCUGUCAGUGCUCACGCAGUCGGUCAAGAACAACACACAAGUGCUCAUUAACUGUCGAAACAACAAGAAGCUGCUGGGCCGGGUGAAGGCCUUUGACAGGCACUGCAACAUGGUGCUGGAAAAUGUGAAGGAGAUGUGGACUGAGGUCCCCAAGAGCGGUAAGGGUAAGAAGAAGUCCAAGCCUGUCAACAAAGACCGCUACAUCUCCAAGAUGUUCCUGCGCGGGGACUCGGUCAUCGUGGUGCUGCGGAACCCUCUCAUCGCCGGCAAGUAAAGUGGAGGCCUUGGCCCUCGGAGCCUGCUCCCUGCCCUGCUGAGGCCUGAAGAACCCUGCCCAAGUGAGCUAGAAAUAAAACCCUGUACUUUUUGUUUUUUAUGUUCUCCAGUGGUCUUCUCUGCCCUUGGGUCUUAGAGAAAGAAGGAGUGUGUUGGGCUGAGCACUAGGACAGGGCCUGUGGGUGCUGUGACAUAUGACAGCUCCGUCUGCAAAGGAGACAGAAAGGACCUUAAUUGGACUUUUGUGUAUUGUGGGCAGAGGGAUUCUCUGACACUAUGCAAGUGGGAAAGGCAGGCCUAUUUAAGAGGAUCGUGGAAGGACCCAGCUUUGUUCUGGACUGUACACAGGGCCUUCUGUCCUACCCACAGCUCUGUCCAUCUGUAUCUCUGUCUCUGCCCUCCCAGGUAAUUCCAAACACAAAAUUUAGGAGAUCAUGGGCUGGAGGUCAGGACUAUCUGCCUUCUUUAAAUAUAUAUAAAACAUGUAUGGGUGUUUUGCCCGGAUGUGUCUGUUCUUGAUACCCAUAGAAGCCAGGAAAGGAAGGUAGGAUCCCCUAGAAGUAAUUACAUGUGGUGAGCAACCAUGUGGGUGCUGGGAGUGAAACCUGGGUCAAGACGGGUUCUCUCUAUAGUCCUGGCUGUCCUGGAACUCGCUUUGUAGACCAGGCUGUCCUCAAACUCAGAGAUUCCCCCUGCCUCUGCCUCCUGAGUGCUGGGAUUAAAGGUGUGUGCCACCACCAUCCAACCUGUCCUCCUGAACUGUGGAAGUCACAGCUAGCGUCACCCUGUGAGUCCCUGUACAGAGCUUCGAAGCCUGCAGCCAAGAUAACUGCAGUGCUAGGUCAAUAAAGACAUGUGUUCUCUGA